UGUACACAUGACAAGUCACGUGUAGGCCUCACGGUCGCAAAAACCGGAAAACACACAAAGAAACACAGUGCCUAACGGGAUCCUUGUACUCUUCAUCUAACGGGGCCCAGGACAAGUGGAACAAAGGAGUGUGAGGACUUGUGAAAAUUUCAAACACUUUUUGCGAAGUGGAAAACCGAUACCAAAAAGUUUUGCGUUUGUUACCAAUUACGCAGUAAUUGGAGUUGGUGAAAGUGUUCGACGACGAAGGUUAACAGUAACCAGUGCAAACAAAGUACAAGAAACGAAAGUGAUAAGUUAGUAGGAGUGUGAACGGAACAGAAAAUGGAUCACCAUCAUCAUCACAACACACCGCUGCAUUGGGGUUACUCGACGGCCGGUAUACCGGUGGCCAGUUCGACGCCCAACCAUCAGAACACGUGGACGCCCCCGUCCUCCAAAGGCGUCAAGCGAACUCUCUCGGAGUCGCUCUCGGACGAUGAUGUGUACUCGGAAGAGUCCGGCAAAGAGCACACCUCACCUGGCGGGUCGGACAGCUGUCAACUGCUAAGUCGGAAGCGACGGCGUGGAGUCAUCGAGAAGAAACGCCGGGACCGCAUCAAUUCCUCCCUCUCGGAACUGAAAAGACUGGUGCCGAGUGCAUACGAGAAGCAAGGAUCCGCCAAACUGGAGAAGGCCGAAAUCCUGCAACUCACCGUGGACCAUCUGAAGCAACUGCACGCUAGAGGAUUGGAUGAUACCAGUUACGAUCCGCAACGAUUCGCGAUGGACUAUCACAUCAUUGGGUUCCGGGAAUGCGUCGCCGAAGUAGCCCGAUAUCUAGUCUCUAUCGAGGGAAUGGACGUCCAGGAUCCUCUGCGGCUACGACUGAUGUCACAUCUUCAGUGCUUCCUGACGCAACGUGAACUAACUACCAAGUCCAAUGCCAGCCCGGCCUGGACCCAUAGCAAUUCCUACCAGCCAGCCUAUCCACCCUCAACCAGUUACUAUCAUCAAAACUAUGCACCCCAAACGGCCACGGCAUCCGCGGCGUACAUUCCACAGGUUGGCACCAUCCCGACACACGACCAGACGAAUCUGUCACAUGCAUCGGCCCAUCAGGUGCCGCACACGCUUCACUCAUCAGCGUAUGCAACAAGUGCCACUGUCAGCUCACAUGAUCUCUACACGAGUCAGCACGAUGCCAACACUCACCAGGGCCAACAUUCCCAGCAGCAACAGCAACAGCAGCAGCCACAACAAUCCCAAUCGGCUGAUCCAAACGGUCCGACCUACACCGACAUCUCCAACCUGCACCCAAGUAGAGACAUUUCCGCUAGUGUCGGCUACGGUAAUCCUCAGUACCCAGUCAGCACUUCGACGCAUGGAUAUAGCGCGACCUCCAACAGCUACAACAAUAACAAUUCCUCCAAACCCUACCGGCCGUGGGGAGCUGAAAUGGCUUGCUAAGGAGCAAAUAAAAAAAAAAUUUCCCAUACCGGGAAUCGAACCCGGGCCUUCUGGGUGAAAGCCAGAUAUCCUAGCCACUAGACCAUAUGGGACGGGAUAGUAGCUGUUGGUUUUGGCUGGUUCAGAUCACGAUCUCUGUAACAUACCAAAGUGAUAGAAUCAUCAACUGUUUAGAUUUCUGAAAUAAGGUUACAAAAACGUAAAACAUCUCUUGAUGUAAUUAAGAGGUUAAGAGUAAACGAAAUGAUAGAUAAUAUAACGAUAAGAACGGAUUUCAUUGAAGAAUGAAUUUUUAACCGAUUGAGGAGAGCUUUAAACUAUACAUCGAUACGGCAAACGUGACCAUCAUAUAUACCUUGUUUGUAGGAAUAGAUUUCAAACGUUCCUCAACUGGAACCAAGAGAAUGAGUAGGGCUAUUUAUUUUUAGGAUAAAAUAGGGUAACGAACAAAGAUCUAUAUUUUUGAUACCAAAAAAACAAGAAUUAAAAACUCGUUCUUUUCAUUCCUUCUAACGUGAAGAAACGAGAGCUUUAACUUUAAUGAUGAAACUAAUCGAGUCAAUUAGAUGAAUAAGCUUAUCAGUGUAGCCUUGACCAAUCAAGGAUUUGUGUAUUGUAGUAGUAGUACUAGUAUUAGAUAUAUGAAGCAAACAGAUGUUUCUAUUUUGAAAGACAUCAACGUUGUGAUUUUAACAAGUUUUUUGAAGAGUUUUCCACUGGAAUAGCUGUAUAUAUUUUCUAAGGACUUUACUAAAAGUGAACCAAAAGAAUAAAGUUUUA